AUGUUACCUACCCCUUUCUCCCCGACGACGGCCGCCAACAGCCGACCCGCCGCCCCCUCACUUGCCGCCAGUGUUUGCAUCACCUGCAAGGCGCGCAAGAAGAAGUGUGACAAGCUGAUGCCAUGCUGUAGUUACUGUGCCGAGCGAAAGUUGGAAUGCCACUAUCCACAACACAACCACGGCCUACCCCACAAACCGGGCGGCCGCCGUACAACACCCAUGAAGAUGGGGAUCCCAGCGAGUCCGCGCCAGUCGCAGCCUGUCGCCGACUCGUCGUCGCUGCUACUCAUGGACGCGAUGACCCAGUCGGCGCUGUCCGAGCAGAUCCCCAAAAGCACAUGGCUGGACCUGGGUGCAACCAAGGAUCCCAGCCUCUGUCGGCAGGCCCACCGUCUCAUCGAAGCUACCGGCCAAUAUCUGGACGAGAUCAGUGUCCGCUACUUCCAAGGAAUCCACAAUUUCAUCCCAAUUAUCUCGCGCACACGCUUCCACACCCAGCUCAUGUCCUCCGGAUCGAGUCCGCAGACGGACUUCUCCAUCCAGUUGCUUGUCAUAUGUCUCCUUACUUACCAUCCCGGGCUCGCGCAGCGGAGCUCGGGACUCAUCAGUGACUCAGCGCUGUAUCUAGCGACCAGGUCCGUCGUGGCUCAAGCCCAAGCUAUCUGUCCCCCGUCGCUGCACCUCAUCCAAGCCCUCGUUUUGCUGGCCGUCUAUGAGUAUGCCCAUGGCCAGCCUGAGCUGGCGUUUGCCUCUAUUGGCGGCUGUGCGCGCAUGGCACGCUGUCUGGCAAUGACACAGCCGUCUUCGCUCCCAAUAAGCAUCGUUGCAGGCGGUGCACAAUUGGAUGAAGAGGAGGUAAAUACCUGGUGGGGGAUCAUCAUCUGCCAGUGGAAAGCGCUCAGCCCUCACUCUCCCAGCACCCCCUCAGCCAGUACUUUCCAUUCACCUAACGUUGGCAGUUUUGGCCGAGCAGCCCAGGCGACGGCCCUCUUGGAUCAUGUGAUCAAGACGUUCUCGCUCGCCGACAUUAGUUCCAAGCAGACGACACUAGACGAGCUCGAUAGCCUUCUCCGUUCAUUUCUUGCCGCGGUGAUGCAGCAAUGUCAGGGAACCUGGGUUGUAUAUUGUGGAGCGAUCGCAAUUGCCAUCCGGGCCCUCUUUCUUCUGCACUGGCGCAUCCUUGGUGAACUCACUGAAAAUGCGAGUCUCGAUCAUCGUCUUGUAGAGGAGAUGUCUAAUAACUCGUUUGCAACUCUCGAUACUGUCACCAAGAUGGUCAUUGAUAUUGCCGACUCGCAUGGGCACGUUACCACUAGCUUCCUUGACACCCUUCCUCCUAGCUGCGCCUACAUCACCCGGGCUGCACUGACGCACAUCCGCGAUCGCCGACAUUCAACCCCAGACAGUGGGCUUCGGAAGGCCGAAGAACGGCUACAACACUCGCUGAGUCAGUUCAAUCAUCGCUGGGGUGUGCACGCUGACCCUUUUCCAUGA